CCAAGACUCCCAUCGUCUGUCGCUACAGAGUAUACACCUCUUUGCGUUCCGCCAUUUACUUCAAAGACAUCAGAAUGCGCGCUACGUUCCUUCUCCCGGCCUUUGCCGCCGCCGUCGUCGCCCAAGACAGCAGCUCUCCCCAAGUUGACUUCCCCCAGACGUCUUUCCUCACCCAGACCAACUCACUGGGCGUCGUAACCGGCCAACCUGCACUUCAGACAUCUCAGCCUACCGUUGGUCCCGCCGAAACCUCGCAGCCUCCCCUCGCUACCAGCGUGGGCCAGGCCGCGAGCAUUCCCGCUGUUGGCUCGGGCAUCUACACGCUCCCCAUCCAGGGCACCGCAGGGCCCAAUUCGACGCAGACCAUCAUUGUCUCGGCCAACAACAGCACCACUCUGGUUCUGAGCACUGUGGGCGUGGGCGGCAACACCGCCAGCGGAACAAGUCGCCCCACCGGUGCCGAUUCGACCGAGUCUCCUAAUGAGACGGCCUCUGGAUCUCCUACGAAAAGUGGGACUUCGACCAGCACCGGCGCGGCGGCAACGAUGCAUGCUGUUGCUGGAUCCGUUGCGGGUCUCGGUGCCUUCCUUGCUGCUGCCCUCUUGUAAGAGUCUCGCAGCAAUUCCUUUUCUUGCAUCGCCACUGUAUAUCUGCAUACAGAAUGGCUACUUCCUAAAAGAAGAAAGAAAGACACCCUCUUAUCGGAGUAUUGAGAAUGUCGGAGCAUAGGCGCAUAUUCAACGG